CAAGGGGAGCAGAGGAAAUUCUGAUUCCACCAGUAUUUCUCACUCAAUCUACUCCAUGCUAAACAGUUCAGUUAGGCACUGUCAUGUCUCAGGGUAGUACAAGUGGAAGGUGCGAACAGAGAAAGCACUUUAUCUGAGGACAGUCGAAAAUUAGAUCCUGUUUUCCCCUCCCCGCUCCUAUUCCCAUGGGGAGGAGGCAUUCAUAAGCCCCGAGGACCGGGGCCCAGAAACCUGCUGGCGUCCUGAGCUCCAGAGGCUUGCCAGCACGCACGCUCUCCCGCACUGAGAGCCCUUCUUCCCAGAUGAAUUCUCAUAGUAUCACAGACGCGCGCAGCCUCGAUCGAUACUGGAUGGCAGACGUGCUCCCACCGUCAAGUGUAGGCACAGGGCGGUGGAGUCAGCCGCCCUGCCGCUCUGUCGCAGCUUCUCAUCAGCUCGAUACCAGCAGAGGACGUUAACCCGUUCGCCUGCUGACACCCAACUCGUCGCCUCCCUGGCACCUGCUGCCCGGCGCCCUUCUUCUCAGCUCUGCUCCCGCAAAGUGGGGGAGGGGUGCGUGGGGGAGGGGGAGGCUUUUCAAUCAGCCUCCCACAUGCGGCGGCAGCAGGGUCCCCCCCGCAAGGAGGGCGCUGUGAGGUGGCUUCUCUGCCCGGCACCCCAGACGGCCCCUGGAGGCCGCUGAGGCAGGGAGCGCCGAGCUUCCUCACUCUCCACACCUACCUUCUGGCGUCUUCGCCGGGUGGGCGGCAGGGAGGAGGCGCAGCUAAGCCGGGCCCGCGCCGCCUCCCGCCUAGUGGACCCGCGCGAGCCCGGUCCCGUGAAAGCCCCGCCCCGGCGCCCGUUCCCACUCCUGAUUGGCUGGUCCAGCCCGAAGGCGACCCGGCAGCCCCCCGGCCCUCGUCGCAGCUAUAAAGGCGGCGGACGCAUGACGGCCGCGGCGAAGCUCGGGCAGCUGCGGUGCUCGCCCUCUCGCAGACCCCGCGGCACCUCUGUCACUCUUUUGCCCCUGAGCCGUCCGACUCCACCAUGCCUAGGGGCUUCCUGGUAAAGAGAACUAAACGGACGGGCGGCUCUUACCGAGUGCGCCUAGCCGAGCGGGUCUUCCCCCACUUCCCCCGACCCCCGGGGACGCCGCCCUUCCCCGAGGAGGCUUCCAGUGCCCCUCAGCCCGGUGUGGAGCGGGAGGCACACCCAACUCCGGAGGAGGAGGCGGCCCGUGAACUGUCAGGGUCGUCCUGUCGGGCGGCUAGGGUGAGCCCAGCGGCGGGCGGGCGGGAAGGCGCGGAGUGGAGGGCGGAUGGUAGGGAGGGUCCGGGGCCCAGCCCCAGCCCCACGAAGCCGGCGGGCGUGGAACUGCGCAGGGCGUUCCUGGAGCGCUGCCUCAGCUCACCCGUCUCUGCUGAGUCCUUCCCCGGGGGCGCUGCCGCCGUGGCCUCUUUCUCCUGCUCGGUGGCACCAGCAGCUGCACCGACCUCGGGGGAGCAGUUCCUGCUGCCGCUCCGGGCACCGUUCCCGGAGCCCGCGCUCCAUCCGGACCCCGCGCCCCUCUCGGCCACCUUGCACGGCCUGAAGCGGGCCACCGGCGGCGAGCGCCGCGCCAAGGCUCCUUCAGGCUGCGCAUCUGGGCCCGCGGCCGCCGGAGUCAAGAAACCAAAGGCCAUGAGGAAGUUGAGCUUCGCCGAUGAAGUCACCACGUCCCCUGUUCUGGGCCUGAAGAUCAAGGAGGAGGAGCCCGGGGCGCCGUCCCGGGGCCCCGGGGACAGCCGCACGCCGCUGGGGGAGUUCAUCUGCCAGCUGUGCAAGGAGCAGUACGCAGACCCCUUCGCUCUGGCUCAGCACCGCUGCUCCCGCAUCGUGCGCGUCGAGUACCGCUGCCCCGAGUGCGACAAGGUCUUCAGCUGCCCUGCGAACCUCGCCUCCCAUCGCCGCUGGCACAAACCGCGUCCCGCAGCGGCCAAUGCAGCCACGAUCUCCUCGGCCGACGGGAAGCUGCCCCCAUCGUCGUCCUCCCCGGAUUCCGGGACUGUCGCAUCUUUCCUGGCCGAGGGGAAGGAGAACAGCCGGGCGGAGCGAACUGAGGAUCAGCACCCACGGGCCAGGGACAGCUCCAGGACGGAGCAGCACCAGGACAGCGCCCCACAGCCCGGCCUCCAGGUGCUGUCCCACCCCGAGCCUCCGCUUCCUCAGCUCCCUUAUACGGCGGGGGUGUUGGGGCGCCGGGUGCCUGAGCCCGGCAGUGCCAGUGGUGUCGGGGGACCCGAGAUCUUCGUGUGUCCAUAUUGCCACAAAAAGUUCCGUCGCCAAGCCUAUCUGCGCAAGCACCUGGGCACUCACGAGGCUGGCUCGGCCCGCGCGCUCGGCCCCUGCUUUGGCUCGGAACGCGGCGGCCCCCUGGCCUUCGCUUGCCCGCUGUGCGGGGCGCACUUCCCGUCGGCAGACAUCAGGGACAAACACCGGCUGUGGCAUGCGGUCCGCGACGAGCUGCUCCUGCCCGCUCUGGCCGGGGCGCCUCCCGAUGCACCGAACCCAGGCGGGGCACCCGACGGGGAUGCUCAGCAGAUUUUCUCGUGCAAGCACUGCCCGUCCACUUUUUUUAGCUCCCCGGGGCUGACCCGGCACAUCAAUAAGUGCCACCCCUCAGAAAGUCGGCAGGUACUGCUGCUGCAGAUGCCGCUGCGGCCGGGCUGCUGA